AUGUGGUCACUGACAUGGGCAUUUGCCGUGGCCGUCCUUCUGGUGGCGGCGACUGCCGAAGCAAAGCCUUCGCAUCAUCACUUCAAUCACCAUUUCAAUCACUUCGAUGGACACCACUUGGAUGCGCUCCAUGCCCUGCCACAUCACUUGGAUUACGCGGUGCAGGAGGCCGUCCUGCCAGCUCCAGCUCCAGUGCUUCCUGCAGUGGCUCCUCCUCCGGCCUUUGCUCCUACUUUCGUACCUCCAGCUCAUGUCUAUGCUCCGGCACCACUUCUUCCAGCUCCAGCACCACUUCUUCCAGCUCCAGCUCCACUGUUGCCUGCCCCAGCUCCAUUGUUACCCGCUCCAGUUUCAGUUUUACCAGCACCUGGAUGCCUGCCAGCUGCUGCCCCACUUUUACCGGAGUUCCACCUGCCUACUGUUCAUCACCAUGUGUUGCCACCUGUGCUGGAGGCAGUACCCUUUGCACCCAGCUAUCGUGCCAUUCCUGGACCCAAGACCACCACCCACAAGGUGUCCAUUGGGUACGCCUUUCCCAAGCUGCUGGCCAAGCCGCAUGUCCACCUGAAGGCCCUGCCCCUGAAGUGGGCCCAUCACAAGGACUGGUCCUUGUUCUAG